CACUCAUCUUUUUGUCAUCAUCUUCUUGGCUUUUAUUCAGCCAGCAGCAGCCAUCCAGCUGGGAGAUACAAACAGGAGACCAUUGCGUGACGACAACAAAAAAUGACAAACGUGAACACCACACCAUGGCGGUCGGACAGCAAAGCCGUCGAUGUCAACGCGUCCACAGAGUCGCCAACACCUGUGAUGGAGCUGAUUGCGGCCAGCGACAUAAUCUCCACAGCCAACCACGUGUACGCUUUAUUUGCUGCUGUGGGUUUUGUCUCAGGCUGCUUCCUGCUUUACAGCUUCGCUUACACCCACCGAGCGCAGCGGCGUCUGGCCUGGUUUGACUGCCUGCUGUGGGUCUUCUGCGGCCUCCAGCUGCUGCUGGUGCUGCUUUCGCUCUACAACGUGGUGCACAGACCUCACAGCCUGCAGACCAGCGUUUUGGGCUGUGCCGCGCUCUCCUUCACCGUCAACACCACCUAUCUCUGCGGCCUGUUCAUCUUGGCGCUGAUGGCUUACGUCCUAGCCCUCGACCCACCGUCCAACACACUGCUGAGGAGGCCCGGCGUCUGCGUGGCCGUAGUGGUCUUCACCUCUACUUUGAUCUCCGUGCUGCUGGCUGCCAUCCGAGGACCCGGUGAUGGACUUCACCAGAACACAGACUGCUUUAUGGAUCCGCUCCAUGCUGGCGUUUAUGCCGUCGCUAAGUUGUGCCUAGCUUUUCUCAUUCCUUACGUUCUCAAACUGGGACUUGUGGUAUGUGGCUGUGUGCGACAAAGCAAAUCAAACAGACGAUUUCUCUCCGGCUCCGAAGAAGGCCCGGUGUUCCUGGCGGUGACUGGGGUGUCGCUACUCUGCCACCUGUUCUACAUGGUGGUGCUUGUGCGAGGAGCACAGCUGCAAGAGGGUGAGCUGAGCAAUCGGCAGCGAGCGUUUGUGAGCGUGGCUGAACUGGUGUUCUUCUCCGCGAGCAGCGGCAGCCUGAUAAUUGUGCCGCUCAUGCACAGGCCGAGCCGGGAAAGGAUAGGCGGACUGCUCAGGCGGCUGAGUGACUGCUGCACGCGUUCUGUGCACACUCAGGCGAACAGAAACAUCAUCACGCCACACAUUGAGAUCACGGACACCCUGCAGGACAUCGAGUCGUAAAGCGUUCUUCUGAAGAAGAAUCUCAGAGGUUCAGAUACCAAACGAAUGGUCAGGACAUGGCCUGGGUCACUAUUAUUAACUCUAUCCAAAUAUUCGGAACUCCUGUUUUAAUGCCAGCGUUGUACUGCCUGGAAGAUUUUCUGUAGCUCAACUUACCACAUGUUAGUCUCAAACUAGUAUAAACUGAAACAACAGCCCCUCUGCUGGUUUUAGGCAAGUGCGCUCCAUUUUGCCGCAAUUGUUUCUUUACGCGAAUCAACAAUUCAUUCCAGACAAUAAUCUGAAGUCUAGUCCAUUUACCGUUAGUUUACAUGUACAUUUUGGUAUGUAUAUCGCUGAUUAGAGCACAAAUCAGUUGUUUACAAAGUCAGCUGUUUGACCUUUAUUCAAAUUUAUGAGAUACUGGAUUUGUUUUUUAAUUGUUAACUGUAAUCAAGUAUUAAAAAAUACAUUAAUUUGUCAUAUUUCAGUCUGUAUGAAGUGAAUAUAGAAAAUAAGAUGGCUAUGGAUAUAUUCUCAUUCAUUCAGGUAAUUGUAUACUCAGGGCAUUCAAUAGAUCGCAACAGGACUGUUCACUUUGUCUUAAAGGGUUAUAUUAUGAUUUUUUUUCUACAUUUACAACACUUCCUUGUGGUCUGCAUAACAUGUAAUGAUGGUUCUUUGCUCCAAAUGUUGCAUUGAUUAUGUUUUACAGACCGUCUUCAAGCCGCUUUCUGAUCGUCUCUUCAGAAGGUGCCGUUUUUUGGGUGUGUCACGGUUUGGUGAGCGUUGCGCGCAGCGUGACCCCAGGGAUGCAGAGAUAGCAGACGAUGUGCAGGUGAAAGUAUAUUUAUUGGCAACAGGGAGGUGCAAAGGAAGCAAGUAGAAUGAUCCAGCACCGUGUGCAGGGCAGGCUGGGCAGGCUGGCUUAUAAAAUUGGCAACAGGUAACAGGUGUGUCUUGAGUGCCAAUCAGAGAAAGAUGAGAGAGGCAGCUCUCAGGGCAGAAGUGCAGUGACAGGAAAAAGCACAAAACACAGGAAAACACAAACAUGACCAAACUGUCAGAAGCAGUCCUGACAGGGUGGUCUUGUAGUUUUUAGUGCUUCCAUAUGGAGUCUACUGGAUAUAAAUUAGAACUAUACGGUAAUUUGUAUUAGAAAUGGCAGCAGCGGAGGAUGCAUGUGCGAGCCAGUCUGCCGCAAAACAAGAGAGGAAAAAAUAAGGAAUAAGGAGCUUAUUGCAUACUUGCCAACCCUCCCGUUUUUAGCGGGAGAAUCCCGAUAUUCAGCGCCUCUCCUGACAACCUCCCGACAGAGAUUUUCUCCCGAAAAACUCCCGGUAUUCAGCCGGAGCUGGAGGCCACGCCCCCCCCCAAAAAAAGUCUGCCGCAGCUGCGAUUGGACCUGACCAGCCUCCGGGUACAAGUACUGGAGUACCAAUUGCUUGCCAGGGAAGAUCUUCCCCAGGAAGCAAGGAUU